AUGAGCACCAGACUCUGGUUCGUAUCGCAGCUGAGUGCCUCGUACUCCUCGACGCGGAUCCACUGUGAGAACAUCCCUGGGCUGGUACGUCGCCAGCGUGUGCUCUGUAAGCGCCACCCGGACGCCAUGCUCGCUGUCACCGAGGGCGCCAUCCAGGGGGUCAGGCACUGCCAGAAGCAGUUCCAGGACGCCCGCUGGAACUGCUCCACAAUUCCCCGCGACGCCUCCGUCUUCGGCAGACACGUUCUGAAGAGUACCCGGGAGUCUGCGUUCGUGUACGCCAUCAACAGCGCUGGGGUGGUUCACGCCAUCACCCGUGCCUGCUCCAGGGGCGCCAUCACUAACUGCGCUUGCGAUCUCUCCAAGAAGGGCAGUCACAGGGACCGGGCGGGACAGUUCAGCUGGGGCGGCUGCUCUGACAACAUCCGCUACGGCACCGCCUUCGCCAGGAAGUUCGUGGACGCCAGAGACCGCGGCCAGAGGGACGCCAGGGCUCUUAUGAACCUCCACAACAACCGCGCCGGACGCAAGGCGGUGCGGAAGAAGAUGCGACUGGAGUGCAAAUGCCACGGCGUGUCUGGUUCCUGCACCGUCAGAACCUGCUGGCAGACAAUGGCGCCCUUCGGAGCCACUGCCCGCUGGCUCAAGACCCGCUACGACGGGGCCACAGAAGUCAGCGUCCUGCCCAACGGCGCCGGCCUCGUUCCUCGCCACGGCGACCACAAAAAACCCAGGAAGAAGGACUUGGUGUACCUGGAGCCCUCGCCUGACUACUGCGAUGCUGACUCCUCCUCGGGGUUCACCGGCACUGGAGGCCGGCAGUGUAACCGGACCUCGAAGGGCACCGACGGGUGCGACCUGCUGUGCUGCGGCCGCGGCUACGACACCCGCAGGCGGCUCAUCAGCACCAAGUGUGAGUGCAAGUUUCAGUGGUGCUGCUCCGUCGACUGCAAGACCUGCGAGGCCUGGCGGGACCUUCACUUUUGUAAAGCGUGGCAGGACCCCUCACCGCGCGUCUGACCUGCCCAGGACCUGGUGGCACAUGUCUGACCUGCCCAGGACCUGGUGGCACAUGUCUGACCUGCCCAGGACCUGGUGGCACAUGUCUGACCUGUCCAGGACCUUGUGGCACAUGUCUGACCUGCCCAGGACCUGGUGGCACAUGUCUGACCUGCCCAGGACCUGGAGGCACAUGUCUGACCUGCCCAGGACCUGGAGGCACAUGUCUGACCUGCCCAGGACCUGGUGGCACAUGUCUGACCUGCCCAGGACCUGGUGGCACAUGUCUGACCUGCCCAGGACCUGGUGGCACAUGUCUGACCUGCCCAGGACCUGGAGGCACAUGUCUGACCUGCCCAGGACCUGGAGGCACAUGUAUGACCUGCCCAGGACCUGGUGGCACAUGUCUGACCUGCCCAGGACUUGGUGGCACAUGUCUGACCUGCCCAGGACCUGGUGGCACAUGUCUGACCUGCCCAGGACCUGGUGGCACAUGUCAGACCUGCAUAGGACCUGUUAUCGCGUAUCUUAGACCCAAGACCGCUUGUCUGACCUACGUAGAACUUCUUAGUACGUGAUUAAAUUGCGUAGGAUCAGUACCGUGUGUCGUGACUUUAGGAUUCGCUGGUAUUAAGUCUCUCGCACACCGGAUUUCUGAACCCAAAACUGACUCGCGCAGGAACUAACGUCGCCCGCAUGACCUGCGCCUGCCAUGUCUCUUUUGAUUUGCGCAGAUGUGAUAUCGCCUCCUGCUUCAGUAAGUUCUGUUGAAGUAACUUCAGCACAAGUUCUGCUUUAGUUAUUUCAGGGUAUCUUGGCCUUCCAAGCGACGAGGAAGAACUGUCGCACACAGAGGUGACCAUGUGGUCUUCCCCGACCUGCUCGCUCGCCAGGGCACCCACACGCUCUAUCUACCCUCCAACUGGAUUUAAGAGUGAAAUGAAAUAAAAAUAUAUUCCUUUUACAGAGAAAAAAGACGUGGAACUAUAAGGUAGUAUAUAAUAUGAACCCUCGCGUGUCCUGGAAGAAAUACACCCAGUAGCCCUUAGAAAGAGACUCUUCAAUUUUAAACAUAGAACGAACAAUUGCUGAAACGAUGGACUCAAAUAUUCUCUGUAACGGGAAGUGAUUCUCCAAUGUUCUUAUUUUUCAAUCGAGAAAGUUAUAGAGGUUGGGUUGAAGAGACUUAUUGUAGCCGUUACUGCACGCGAGCACGAGGCUCUUAAGGUAAUCCCAGAAGUGUACUGACGUCACAGGUGUCGGGGGAGUCCCUAGUGUCUUCAUGUGUCAUCACCUCUCUCAUCUCUAUCUUUUGUAACUAUUUAUUUAUUUAUUUACAAUUUUAUCGUUAGCUGAAUCUA